CGGCGAGAGUCUGAUGUCUCUGCCUUGCCUGGGUCAAGUCUUUUGUGCACAUGGACCGGGGUGAUUUCUUGGUCUCCCUAACGGCUGGAGGACUAGCUGGAAUGUGUGUUGACCUGAUAUUGUUCCCUUUGGAUACAGUCAAAACUAGAUUGCAGAGUCCCCAGGGAUUUAAGAAGGCUGGUGGCUUCCAUGGCAUUUACGCUGGCGUCCCUUCAGCAGCAGUAGGGUCUUUUCCAAAUGCUGCUGCCUUUUUCGUCACGUACGAGUAUGUGAAAGCAGUUCUGCACACAGAUGCAUCUCCAUGUUUAGCUCCAUUAACGCACAUGUUGGCGGCCUCCUUUGGAGAAGUAGUUGCGUGUUUAAUACGGGUCCCGUCUGAAGUUGUGAAACAGAGAGCACAAGUUUCUCCCUCUUCUAGUACCUUGCGGAUCCUUUCCAACACUGUAUGUGAAGAGGGUAUUCUUGGACUUUAUCGAGGUUAUAAAAGUACGGUAUUAAGAGAGAUUCCUUUCUCUUUAGUACAGUUUCCUCUUUGGGAGUCCUUAAAGGAUCUCUGGUCAUGGAAGCAAGGACACGUGGUCGAUUCUUGGCAGUCUGCAGUCUGUGGAGCUUUUGCAGGUGGAUUUGCAGCUGCAGUCACCACCCCUCUGGAUGUAGCCAAGACGAGAAUUAUGCUGGCAAAGGCUGGCUCUAGAAAUGCCACUGGGAAUGUGUUGCCAGCUCUGUAUGGAGUGUGGAGAACUCAAGGGAUAUCUGGGCUCUUUGCAGGCGUUGUCCCUCGAAUGUCGGCCAUCAGUCUUGGAGGCUUUAUCUUCCUUGGGACCUAUGACAAGAUACGCAGCUUGCUCUUGUGAGCUGGCCCUGAGGCUCAGAACGAACCGCUGAGGAGUUGUAUAUUUUUUCCUCCCUAAGAAAACACACAUUCAUGAAGAUACUCUCUUGCUUUCCCACAACUUCCCCACCAUCACCUCCUGUGGCUCAGCAGCUGUUCAACAGCCUGCACUCUAUUUUCACUAUUUAAAAAAGAAUGAAAAGAAACCAUUAAUUCCGUUUCCCUAAUAUAAAAUUUCCCUGUAUGGAAACCCCUGUGCUAGCAGUGAGCUCAUUGGAAGGAGUGUGCCAAGAAAGGCAAUAUUUGGGGGCAAACAGCCCAUUUUAUGGGCUCCAGCCUUUUGCCUGAAAGGCAUUAUUAUUAGAACACAUUUAGGAAGAAGGAUGUGCAAGCAAAAACAACGCAGUGGGAAUGACGUGGCUGGUCUGAAAAGAUUCUUCCUUUUAUUUUUGUGACAACUCUGUAGUGGCACUCAGGAAAACUGCAUAACUGGAGGCCUGCUAUGCACCCCUCCCCAAACUUCAACCUAGACAGAAGGGACUGUGGGUCUUCCUCUCUCUCGAUAUAUGAACAACGGAGGAAAGGCCAUUUGUUUCUUGUUUGAACCCCAUUUGGAAAGUUUAGACCACUGUUCAUACCUGCAGGUGCAUAGCAAGCAUUCUUGCUUGGAUAAGCAAGGCUGCCUUUUUUAAUUAGACUCAGAUUUCUCCAGUAAAAGUACAAUGUUGUAUUAUUUUACUGUCUAACAAUGUUGCCUAUGAAAAAGAAACAAAGCCCUGCUCUUUCUUUUCUUUCCAUCCCUUGCCUCUAAAGCGGCACAGAAAAAUCACAGAACAUGAGAAAGGAGCAUGAGGACGACGAGCGGGGAAUGGAUUAAGUGGCGGCAGGCUCAUCUGCCAUUCAGUAUCUAAGGGAUAAUUCACAGGCCCUUUAUAGUAGAGCAACUGAAUACAAGUUGGUUGGGCACUGCUCUGGAGGCAAUGAGGUACAGCUUCCUGUUUAUGCCUGUGAGCCUCAAGGUAGCCCCACAAGUUCCUGUACAGUUGGAUUUCUGAUUAUUGUGCCAUCCUUCUUGAUAACCCUGAGCUUGAAACUUUGGGGAGUUGCAAAAGCAGCUUGUGAUGGGAUACAUCUAGCUGUUAUUUAAACGGUCUGUAUUCUGGCUUGAUGAUGCAUCAGAAUAUUUUUUUUCUCAAUUGUAACCUAAGGUCAUAAUCUGACAUAGUCAAAUGCACUUGAACCCACUGCAGUCAGUGGAGCAGGAUGGGUUUGAGGCUAUGCAGGAUUGUUGACGAAUCUGUUGUGCUUAAGGCAGCUUCCAUUGUCAUUGUGCAAGAAUCUGCAGUGGUGGUGACACAUUAUCUGUCCUCUUCCUUUAUAGAUUAUGAACAAGGGCUGAAACUUGCCAGGACACCCUACCCUGAGAGAUGAGGGUCUAGUCUCACAAAUAUGACAAUGGGCUCCAAACAUGAAGCAGGGAAUUAAAGCCCUCUGCAUGUGGGGAUGGGGACUUCACUGUGUGACUGGAUAUGCUUUUCUGUCCUACCUGUUUUCUUUCAAACCUUAUCCAUGGUUACAAGAUUGAAUAUAAUUCCAUUUCUCUAGUUACAUACUAGUCCCAAGGUUAUUGCUAAGAAAUGUUGGGAGGCAAAGUACCCCAGUGCCACACAACUGCCACUCUGCGUUUUCAGGUUUGUAUCACACUUCAGCUUGCCCCUUAGAAAAACUGGCUCACUGUUUUGUGGGGAGAGGGAGGGAUAAAAUACAUACACUGUGUGUGAAUACAGCUGGGAAGACAUGACUUUCAUUGGACGUGUAUUUUUUCCUUACUGGAAUGGCUUAGUGCAGACCUAUGCAAAAGCACCUUAGCAGUUCUCUGGCACUUUGCAUCCCUGAGCCCUUGCCCUUGGAUUCACAGCCACUAGGGCCUGUCAUGGCAUCAUUGGAAAACUCUUGUGCUUACGAAUUUCUGUAUGAUAAAGUAUUUCCUUUUGCCAAUCGUAUACUUGCUGCCAGUUCAUUUCAUUGGGCAGCUUUGAAUUUUAGUAUGAUAGAGUGAACUUGUAUGCCAGUUUGGUGUAGUGGUUAAGAGGGGCAGAACUCUAAUCUGGAGAACUGGGUUUGAUUCCCCACUCCUCUGCUUGAAGCCAGCUGGGUGACCUUGGGUCAGUCACAGCUUCUAGCUCUCUCAGCCCCACCCACCUCACAGGGUGAUUGUUGCGGAGAUAACAACACCACACUUUGUAAACUGCUCUGAGUGGGUAUUAAGUUGUCCUGAAGGGUGGUAUAUAGAUCAAAUGUUAUUAUUAAUAUACUCCUGUGUGCAUAGGUCAUAAGUUUAUAAGCCCUUUCUGACCGUCCCCUAUUCUGAUCCCAGCAGUCUUCCCACCCACACACACAAAGCCCCAGAAGCAUCAGCCUUUUGUUGAGUGGGAAGACACUGGAUCUGCUCUGUAUGGGAUGGUCUUGCUGUGCAUUGUACCAAAAUCCUCUGAGACAGUGACUAGGAGACGGUGGCUGAGAGGUAAGGCCAAGCAACCUCUUCAAGCAGCCCUGAUGUGGUGAUGACAAUAGAUACUUAAGUCUCAAGCUACAUUAACUACCAUGAUCAAAUAUGGAAGUUUUGAACAGGAGUUGAGCCACAGAGGAAAAACUCUGCAUUGGAUUCUGAAUAGAAGGGGGAACUUGUCAUAGGCCUAAAUGUAGUCUGAACUGGAUGGCAUGGGGCUGGCAGUAGUGGGGUGAUGGCAUAGACUGGAGUCUUCAGUUGCUUCAGCCAAUUCAUACAACUUGUCUGAUGGAGGAGUGGGAGAGAAUUCCAUAAUUCAUGGGAGCAAAUGCACAGAAUAGGCCUUCUGCCAUCCCAAACU